GUUAGUCUAUGCGCGGUCGUAUGUGAUGUGAAACUUGUCAAAAAAUGUCUUUUUGACGUGAUUUGCCGAUAAAAUUAUUUGGAUAGUACAUUUUUAUAAACAUGGGAGGUUCUCAAAGCACUCGAAAAGUAACUGUUGAUAAUGAAAAUGCUAUCCAAGUGUCUCAAGAGGCUUUAGACCGGAUACAAGCUCAGCUCACCGCAAAAAAAGCAGAACCCCGAGCUCAGCCCAUUCACCAGUACGCACCUCCUGCCUACGACCAUAGACGCCAUAACGAAUACGCGGCUGAAGAGGCCUACUGGGCUCACCGCAUCGAGAGCCUAAAGAGAGCUCACGAGAAAAUAAACAGCGGCAUGCAUUUGGAAUAUCAGAAGACGUUGAAAGAAGCCAACGAGUUAUUUAACAAGGUUCAGGCGGACAAAGUGUCGUUGAAACUAUCUCCAUGCCAAGAGGAGAAGGCAAAGGUACUCCAGUGCUACAGUACAAAUCCAAACAAAUCACUACUGUGUUCAGUGUUAGUGAAUGAAUUCAAUGACUGUGUGUGCAAGAGCAGAGUAGCAGCCGUCACGGCCUCGUCUUAACAACCGGAUUGUGUAAAUAAUCGUUAUAGUAAAUGUUCACGUCGACACCAAGCAAUACUUACUGACCUCAUGGGUUGCAUUCGGCCGCGGAGUAGAUUUAAUAUUAAUGCUGUAUCAAUAAACUGUUAUUAAUUUA